GGCCUGCGGGGGCGGGGUCGAGGCAGGGAGACGCUAGUGUCGGCGCCAGCGGCCAUAACGCGGCCCCGCCUUUCCGCUCCCGCUGCAGCCCCGGUUCCCGCCGCCGCCGCCGCCGCGGAUCCCGAGGCGGGGAAGCGCGUCCUAGGAACAUCACCUGGCUUGGCGGCGGCGGCGGCGGCGGCGGCAGCGGCAGCAGCAGCACGGGGUGGAGCCGGAGGGUGUGGCCCCAGAACCAGCUCUGAACCUGCCACACCUCGGCGUUGGCGAAGGCCGCCCCGUGGGGACCCCCCCCCCCCCGCCGGCUGUGCCUCGGUUCUGCGUAGUCGGGGCUGACAGACUGGACAUGAGACGACCUUCGGCCCGAAAAACAACCUGGGACCAUUGAAGACAAUUUUGGGAGCCAAGCUAAGGAUCACCUGUCCAUCCUUUAGUAGCAGGCAAAAAAGCAAGUAGCAAUUGGUCAGGAACAAGUGUUCUGAAAAUUAAUGUUGAUCUUUAAUAACGGGAAGAAUGGCAUUGAAGCAGAUUUCCAGCAACAAGUGCUUUGGAGGAUUGCAGAAAGUUUUUGAGCAUGACAGUGUUGAACUGAACUGCAAAAUGAAAUUUGCUAUCUACUUACCACCAAAGGCAGAAACUGAAAAAUGCCCUGCACUGUAUUGGCUGUCUGGUUUGACUUGUACAGAACAAAAUUUUAUAUCAAAGUCUGGUUUUCAUCAAGCUGCCUCAGAACAUGGCCUUGUCGUCAUUGCUCCGGAUACCAGCCCUCGUGGCUGCAAUAUUAAAGGAGAAGAUGAUAGCUGGGACUUUGGCACUGGUGCUGGAUUUUAUGUGGAUGCCACUGAAGAUCCUUGGAAAACUAACUACAGAAUGUACUCUUACGUAACUGAGGAGCUUCCCCAACUUGUAAAUGCCAAUUUUCCAGUGGACCCACAAAGGAUGUCUAUUUUUGGCCAUUCCAUGGGAGGCCACGGAGCUCUGAUUUGCGCUUUAAAGAAUCCUGGAAAGUACAAAUCUGUGUCAGCAUUUGCUCCAAUUUGCAACCCAGUGCUCUGUUCCUGGGGCAAAAAAGCCUUUGGUGGAUAUUUGGGAACAGAUCAAAGUAAAUGGAAGGCUUAUGAUGCUACCCAUCUUGUGAAGUCCUACCCCGGUUCUCAGCUGGACAUACUAAUUGAUCAAGGGAAAGAUGACCAGUUCCUUUCAGACGGACAGUUACUACCUGAUAACUUCAUAGCUGCCUGUACAGAAAAGAAAGUCCCUGUUGUUUUUAGGUUACAAGAGGGUUAUGAUCAUAGCUACUACUUCAUUGCAACCUUUAUUACUGAUCACAUCAGACAUCAUGCAAAAUAUCUGAAUGCGUGAAAAACUUCAGUUAAGAAAAUUUGUUCGAGAUUAUAAAAUUAUAAUAAACAAUUGCAGGGAAAGAUGAUUUCAAGACAUUGGAUCUCAUAGUGCUAAAAAUGUAUCAUUCUGUAGUUAAAUCCCUUUCUGAGUAAGUACGUAAAACCUGCUUAUGAUUCAAAAGUUGUUUUAUCCCUGUUAUAUGGGAAAUAUUAAAUACUUUACAGCUUUUUCAAGGUUACUUACAAAUCAUUAUUGUAUUAAUUAACCUCGGGCCACCGAAUAUAUAAAUACAAUCGCAUUUAAAUCAUAGAGUGCUAACUUGGGAAUGGGUUUGAGAGGUAUGGUAGCCAAAACCCUUCAGUUUGCCAGACUUUAAAGUCUGUGAAAGCAUGGACGGUGUUCCUUAUGUUCAGUGUUAAAGCUCUAGUGUCUAGCAGCUACUUGGCUUCGGUACGCAUUUAAUAAUUAUUUUUUGCUGACCUUUCUGAGCCAACUUCCUUAUUUAAGUAAAUUCCCCAUCCUUACACAGUUAUUUGUGGGACAGCUAAGAUCAGAAGCCAGAUUUCCUAAACCCAACCCAAUGAUACUUCUUUUCUUAUCUAUUAAGCCAAACAGAUUUGUGGACAUGGAUUUCUGGAAUGUCCCAAGAGACAAGAAUUAACUAAUAAGAUUCAAUCUGAAAAUAGCUAUAUAAGGAAAGUUUUUUCAUCUGUUACUCUAAACGCAGUAUUUUCCUUCAGUUACAUGCAGAAAUUCUGUAAUCAGUCUCUUUGUAAAUAACAAAUUGUGUUCCUUUAAGAACUUAACGAAUAGGGACGCCUGGUUGGCUCGGGCGGUUUAGCACCUGCCUUUGGCUUAGGUCUUGAUCCUGGGGUCCUGGGGUCAAGUCCGGCAUCCGCUCCCCACAGGGAGCCUGCUUCUCCCUCUGCCUGUGCCUCUGCCUCUCUCUCCGUGUCUCUCAUGAAUGAAUAAAAUCUUAAAAAAUAAAAAAAAACUUAACAAAUAAAUUUUUGAAACACGA